ACAGGUCGAAAUGAAUUCAUCGCAUGUUUUUCACCGGCUCGAAAUUGCCGCAAGUUAUUCAUGACACAAACAUCCUCUAGCGGUAAUGAUGAAUUAUCCUGUGUUCAUGGUAUUCGUGUGCUAACCAUUUGUUGGAUCAUAAUGGGUCAUACACUUGAUUGGAACAAUCUGAAUGUUUACCGCGAUACAUUUCUUAUCAAAGAAAGCCUUUCCGAUUUGAUGAAGCAACCGUUUUUUCGAACACAUUUUUCCGUGGAAACAUUUUUCUACAUUACUGGUUUGCUAACAUCAUAUAUAACGCUUGGAUAUACGAAAGGAAAAUUGGAAAAUUUCAGUUCAAUUGCCUAUCUAGUGCUUCGUUAUCUUCGAUUGACACCACAAUUGGUGGCAUUCAUGUUACUUACAAGCCUGUUGCCGAUCAUGUUUGAUGGACCACUUUGGAAGAUGUACAAUGACCGUAUGAUUGGCCAAUGUCAUCGUACUUGGUGGCAUAACCUUAUUUAUAUGCAAAAUAUCAUUGAAAAUGAAAAUAUCUGUGCAAUUCAUACCUGGUUUUUAGCUGCCGAUAUGCAAUUACAUUGGCUUGCAUUAUUGCCCAUCAUCGCUAUGCUUAAAAAUGCUCGAAUUGGAUUAAUUUUCGCUAAAUUUUUGGUUCUAAUGUUCACUUUACUAAGUAGCCUUAUCAUUUAUAUUGGCCAAUUACCACCAGGCUAUGUGGUGACAAGUAAAAGUGAUUUUUUGGAUGAACAAGGCAAACCAAGCGAAUUGGUCAGAUUCUUUCAUAAACCAUGGAAUCAUUGUAAUGUUUUUUUCAUCGGUUUCAUUUUCGGUGUUUAUCUACAUCAAAAUAUUUCCAACAUUUCAUGUAAAUUACAAAUGAACAAGGGAAAGAAGGUUGCUUUCUGGUUGCUGGCAUUUUGUGGUUAUUUAUCGUGCGUCUAUUCCAAUAGUUUCUAUCUAUUCGGUCGUCCAUAUGAACCGAUUUGGUCGGCCUUGAUCUUUCCAUUGAAUCGUAUAUUAUGGGCAUUAGUUUUAACAUUGAUCAUCUGGCUUUGUAUCACCGGUAAUGGAAUGUGGAUUGGCCGUCUAUUAUCAUGGUCAGCUAUACGACCGCUGUCACGAAUGACUUUCGCCGUCUAUCUUGUACAUGCAUGGACAUUCACCGUUCUAAUUGGUACGAAACGUGAUCUGAUCGACAUUCGUCCAACAUCGAUCAUAUUUUUGUUCGCCAGUAUGGUAUCCAUUUCCUAUGUAUUGGCUUUCCUAUUCACCAUUCUAUUCGAAUCACCAUUCAUACAUAUGAUGGAUCAUGCUAAAAAAUCUAUGCUUAUGCCAGCUAGUGAUCAAAUGAAAAAAACACAUACCAUUGUGCAUUUGACCGAGAAAAACGAUAAUAUUCAUCAUCAUCAAUAUGAAAAUUCUCAGCAGCAGCAACAACAACAACAACAACAACAUUCAUCACUGUUGACCAGUGUUGAAUCGACCAAUAUCUGAUGUUACGACAACGAAUCAUCAUUAUCAUGAGCAUAUCACGUCUAUCUAGAAUUAGAUAAAUAAUAAAUACAUUGUGAAAUUUUUUUCUAUUUAUAAUUGAAAAUAAAGACAAUUCUAUUCUAUUUUCA